GGACUCGCAACUAAAGGCCCGGUAAUUAGUAUGAGCAUGGAAGUAAAAUAUAUUUUAACCUUCAUGGUAUGGUAAUCUAUCCAAUGGAUGACAAUAUUAUAACAAUACCAAGCCUGCAACCCGUUACAAUAUUGCAACACCUUGAGAUUUUCUACAUGGAUUAUCCUUUUAUUUUUCAUCAAUACGGAUGAUGUUCUUCAAUUACUUGCGUUGCUGCUUUCAAACAAAGCACAUAGUGUCUGUUACUUUUCGGAUACGUUUUGAGAUUAAAAGAGAAGUGUGGUAGGCCUACAUCUGGCAUUAACAUAUUCUAUGGUAUUUUAGCGUGUACAUUAAAGUUACACCACACAGACGCUCACAGGGAGUAAGGGACUUAGCUACAACAACGUGAUAGCCUACUUAUAGAAUUGAGAUGAACCCUAUUUUCAAAACAAACCUCAGAAAACUAGCUGAAGAGAAACCACCAGCAAACAGAAGACUUGCCAGGUAUCAAAUAGAAAUCAACGCUCGCCCAGGAGAUGGCCUGUUUAUGCGUGGUGACGAUUAUAACAAAACCUUCCCACGAUUGGUGAAUGCAAUUCCCUUAGAUUUCGGCGACAAAAUUGAAAAUGACAUGAUUAAAUUCAUGUACGUUUCUACCGGAUCUGCCCAUAUGUACGUUUCCAAGUACAUAACUCAGUUUGACGCCAAAAAAUUGUAUCGCGGAUUAAUACAUAGUGUAUCGACAGAGGCUAGCAGCAUUAAGGGUUUUGGGAAUUCAAAAGAUUUUCUUUGCACAAUAUUUCUUGCUAAAGUUGAUGCGAUUAACGGAAAAGCUGUUUCUAGGCGUACAGUCCUGUUGAAAAACCUCAUAUCCGGGGCUGACGUUGGUUGCAAUGACAAAAUAAGGAAUUCAGUUGACAAUAUUGAAGAUUUUCGAGAUGCAGAACAUGACGCAGAAAUAGAAGGUGAUGAAGAUAUAGAAGAAGGAUUAGAGACCAUAACAGAGGAACCGCUACCAGACGAGCAAGCAUCAAUAUACACCGACCGUAAAGAGAUGGAUAUGCAGAGUGUAACUACGCUAAUGGACAGUCUGAUAGACCACGGAGAUGAAUCUUCCACUGUGAUAACAGCUUUUACUGCUGAUUGCGAUGUUGCAGCAUUUGAUGAUGUCAUUGAUAAACGGUCACUUCCAUCAGUGAUGUCUCAAGUUCAUAAGUUCAACGUUGCAAUCGAAGAUUUGCAGAAUGAAUGUGCCACGUUGCAGAGUACAGAAUACAUGUGCGUCUUAAAUGUCUAUGGUGUAGCUGGACCUAGGUGGCCUGGAGGUGGUUGGAGGUUGUCACCAUCAUAUUACACAAAUCAUUUUCCACGGUUUUUGAAUGAGCCUGGUCUCGAGAAUAUCAAAUGGAGGUAUUUAAAUGAAGGUUCACAUACCUUUGUGUCAACUGCCACUAGUGGUCGGGAAGGGGAAGAGUGUUAUGAGCAGUUCUUGAGGGCUUUGGAAAACAAAGAAAUUCAGAGACAACUGUUUGGUGAAAGCAAUGAUUGGGAAAUAACCACUGUUUUUUCAUCAAGGAGCAUGACAACAGUUGCACAGACAAACAAAGAUGGCACAAGGAAAGCACUUAUCAGAAAAUCAAUCAUGGUAAAAAUGGAAAAUUUUGAAGGAGUCUUCAGAGACGGUUCCAUCAUAUUUGCGUAAAUGACGAGAGACUAAACCAAGGCUGAAGCAUAUAGUACUUUAUUUAUCAUUGCAAUCUCUUCUCAUUAAUGAGUGGUUGUGGUUACGCUUAAUUUAAAUAUAGGUCUAAGUAUAAGGAUCUUGUGCAAGUUCAUAUUUGAUAAAUUUUAAUGUGGUGUUAAUACUCUUUGUAAAUUUAUGUUUACUUAUAAUUAUCAAUCCAAUCCAAAUUUAGACUUAUACAAUGUCUCAAUAAAUGAGUCUAAGCACCAAUCCAACUAGUGUUUUUAACCAUGGACCAUAUUAAUUGGUCUAUACUUCCAUGUUCCAGUUACAUGCUUCAUUAUAUCUAGGCUUAUAACCAUAUUUAUCAAUGCUUUUUUACAGUUACAUUGUAACGUUAAUGGCUUACACUGUAUUUUUAAAUAUGAUGAUGAUGAUGAAUAAGCACCCAAAUGCAUUAUUCAACUUACACAAGUAGUUCUAUGCUCUUUUAGAAGUGGUUGGCGCAUCGAUUGUGGCUUGGACUCCCAACCUUGAGGUCAGGGGUUUGAAACUCUCGCUGUGCAAGUUGCUUGUGUCCUUGGGCAAGGCACUUUAUCUAUGUUUGCCUCUCUCUACCCAGGAGUAUAAAUGGGUACCUGGUAGGAUGUUGUGGCAUUGAAUGUUCAUAGUUUUGUGCGCUAAAGUAGUAGCGAACGACUAGGGAUGCUCCCCAGGGAGCAGAGGAAGUUGCACUUAGUGCUGGUUUGCCAUUGUACGUUAUCCAGAGACCAGGGGUAAUAACGCUCGCACCUUUGAUCAUUCUUGGAAUUGGCGUCAUAUAAGUGUUUGAGUAUUAUUUUAACAUCAUUUUCAGUUGUUUUAAAGCCAGGCUCUGGAGAGAAAAAAUAUGUUCUAAAGGCACUGAAGGUGUAUUUGUCACAGAAAAUUGGAACAGAUCCAGAUUUUUGUAUAAUUAAAAACUGGGAAAAGGGGCGUGUCCUGACUGUAGUUUAGUGGCCUCUUAAUCUGACAACUCUUACCAAUGCUCAGUACAGUAUUGCAUCUAGUUCUAACAUCAUUUUCCAAUAUAACAUUAGUGGUUAAUAAUAGGCGUAAGCAUUCCAAUGCAUUAAUCAACACAGGGUCCUAAGUUGGAAGAAGUUUUUUGCAGGAGAUAAAUGAGCUUUCUUAGCACACCUAAUUGUGUUUUACUACUAAUAAUGGUACCAAUAUUGACACUGACUUCCUUUAGAAAAAUGAUAAGGGGUAUUUUAAUGAAUUUGCAGGAGAUUGUUGUUUAGUUGUGGGAGUGCAGAAGGCUGUAGCGACUUGCGGGACACUUGGGAGUAAAUAUCUGUUCUUUCAACAUUUUCUUGUAGUUAAUGCUGACCUCUAGUCACAUGGCUUUGUGAACAGUCAGUGGCGUUGAAAGCGUGGAGAGACACUUACACACAGUUUGAAUUCAAAUAUAAUAGGUAUAUGUUCAAAAAUAAGCCAAUGAUAAAUAAACCAAGUUAUUGUGGAUGCUGGGCCUUAUCUAAAUGAGCAGCUGGAACCAGCACCAGUGUUAAGGCUGUAGCUAGCAGCACCCCUGCCUUACCGCUCGGCCACUCGACUCGACUAUCUGUAAAUAUAUUAAAAACGCCUCUGCUCUCAAUGUGUGUUUAGUUUUAUUAAUAGCUCAAUCAUGUAGUAAAUAAAAACUUAAACUUAAAUUUAUGGACUUUAUUAGGGCUACAACAUUUUAAAGAGCUAUAGUUGUGAUUGCUUUAUUGGAUGCAUUAAACAUCUGUAGUAUA